ACUUCACCCACCAUUCACCAAUACCCACCGCCCCUUAACUCUAUCAUACUCCACCAUUUUCCCUUCUAACCUACGCUCCCAAUCCUCAUUCCCAAUGGAUCUUCUACUUCUAGAGAAGACCCUCUUGGCUCUCUUCGUUGCCGUUGUCGUCGCUAUCACCGUCUCUAAACUGCGUGGUAAGCGCUUUAAACUCCCUCCAGGACCCAUACCCGUACCCGUAUUCGGAAACUGGCUCCAAGUCGGCGAUGACUUGAACCACCGAAACCUGACGGACCUAGCCAAAAAGUUCGGCGAAAUUCUUCUGCUCCGAAUGGGCCAACGCAACCUUGUGGUGGUAUCGUCUCCUGACUUAGCCAAAGACGUGUUACACACCCAGGGGGUCGAGUUCGGGUCCCGAACCCGAAACGUGGUGUUCGAUAUAUUCACGGGUAAGGGUCAGGAUAUGGUGUUCACGGUCUACGGUGAGCACUGGAGGAAGAUGAGGCGAAUCAUGACCGUCCCAUUCUUCACCAACAAGGUGGUCCAGCAGUACCGGCACGGGUGGGAAGAUGAGGCCGCACGUGUGGUGGAAGAUGUGAAGAAGAUCCCGGAGGCGUCGACGGUUGGGAUCGUUUUGAGGAGGCGGUUGCAACUUAUGAUGUACAACAACAUGUACCGGAUCAUGUUCGACAGAAGGUUCGAGAGCGAGGAGGACCCGUUGUUUCAGAGGCUCAAGGCCUUGAAUGGAGAGAGAAGUAGAUUGGCUCAGAGCUUUGAGUACAAUUAUGGUGAUUUUAUUCCCAUUUUGAGGCCUCUCUUGAGAGGCUAUUUGAGAAUCUGUAAAGAAGUCAAGGAGAGAAGGUUGAACCUCUUCAAAGACUAUUUUCUUGAAGAAAGGAAGAAGUUAGCAAGCACCAAAGUGAUGGACAACAGUGGGCUAAAGUGUGCAAUAGAUCAUAUUCUGGAGGCCCAGCAGAAGGGAGAGAUAAAUGAGGACAACGUUCUUUACAUUGUGGAGAACAUCAAUGUUGCCGCUAUUGAAACCACACUAUGGUCGAUAGAAUGGGGCAUUGCAGAGCUUGUUAACCACCCUGAAAUCCAGAAGAAGCUCAGGGAUGAAAUUGACACCAUGCUUGGUCCUGGAGUUCAAGUCACCGAGCCUGACACCUAUAAGCUGCCCUACCUCCAAGCUGUGGUCAAGGAGACCCUUCGCCUACGAAUGGCCAUUCCUCUUUUGGUCCCCCACAUGAAUUUGCAAGACGCAAAGCUUGGCGGCUAUGACAUCCCUGCGGAGAGCAAAAUCUUGGUGAACGCCUGGUGGCUUGCCAACAACCCAGCUCACUGGAAAAACCCCGAAGAGUUCAGGCCCGAGAGGUUCUUGCAAGAGGAGUCCAAGGUUGAGGCCAAUGGCAAUGACUUCAGGUACCUUCCAUUUGGUGUUGGUAGGAGGAGCUGCCCUGGAAUUAUCCUUGCUCUGCCCAUCCUCGGCAUCACUUUAGGACGUUUGGUACAGAAUUUCGAACUCUUGCCUCCUCCGGGACAAUCAAAGAUAGACACUACAGAGAAGGGUGGGCAGUUCAGUUUGCACAUCUUGAAGCAUUCAACAAUUGUUGCAAAACCAAGAACAUUUUCAACUUGAAAUCUCUUCCAUUUUGUGUUGUCAAAGUGGGAUUGAUAAGGAAAAGUCUAAAUAUGAUUCUAGCGUGUUUGUAAAUCUAUGAAUUCGCAAGGUUAAUUUACAAAUUUGCAAUAAGUAAUUACUUGGUAUGA